AUGUCAAGCGAAGACUACUACGUGAUCCUUGGGAUCGAGCGUACCGCAUCAGAGGCUGAAAUCAAGAAGGCCUACAGAAAGACGGCUUUGCAAAACCACCCUGACAAAAACCCUGGCAAUGCCGAAGCCGAAGCAAAAUUCAAGCUCGCCACAGAGGCAUACGAAGUCCUAACCGACUCUCAAAAGCGAUCAAUCUACGACCAGUAUGGUAAAGAGGGCCUUAAUGGUGCUGGGGGCGGCAGCGGCAUGCCCGCCGAGGACCUAUUCGCCCAGUUCUUUGGAGGCGGUGGUUUCGGCGGUAUGGGAGGCAUGUUCGGCGGCGGCAGCAGUCGUGGUCCCCCCAAGGCUCGCACCAUUCACCACACUCACAAGGUCUCUCUCGAAGACAUCUACCGUGGCAAGGUUUCCAAGCUGGCUUUACAGAGAUCCAUCAUCUGCCCCAAGUGCGAGGGCCUGGGCGGUAAGAAGGGUGCUGUUAGCAAGUGCGCGGGCUGCGACGGCCAUGGUAUGAAGACCAUGAUGCGCCAGAUGGGUCCCAUGAUUCAGCGCUUCCAGACUGUAUGCCCGGAUUGCAACGGUGAAGGUGAGAUCAUCAAAGAGAAGGACCGUUGCAAGCAGUGCAAUGGCAAGAAGACGAUUGUCGACAGAAAAGUCCUGCAUGUCCACGUCGAUAAGGGAGUACGCAGUGGCACAAAGGUCGAGUUCCGCGGCGAGGGUGACCAGUCCCCCGGAGUACAGGCUGGCGACGUUGUUUUCGAGAUUGAGCAGAAGCCUCACGCUCGAUUCACCCGCAAGGAUGACGAUUUGCUUUACAAAUGCGACAUUGAGCUCGUCACUGCCUUGGCCGGCGGCACUAUUUACAUUGAGCACCUCGAUGAUCGCUGGCUUGCUAUUGACAUAUUACCUGGCGAGGCUAUUGCUCCCGAAUCCAUCAAGAUGGUCCGUGGGCAGGGAAUGCCAUCCCAUCGCCACCACAAUUUCGGUAACCUGUUUAUCCACUUCAAUGUCAAGUUCCCUGAGAAGAACUGGACUCAGGAUCAAUCUGCCUUCGCCGCCCUCCAGAAGAUUCUCCCUCAACCGUCUGUCCAGAACAUCCCUCCCACUGAUGCCAUGACCGAACCCGCCGAUCUGGAAGAUAUGGAUGGCCAGUCACAGAACCGAGUCUUUGGCAGCCCUGGCAUGGACGAGGACGAGGACGACGGCCACCCCGGCGCCGAGCGUGUCCAGUGCGCUUCACAGUAA